UCUACAGGGAGAAGCGCUCUCUGUUUGCACUUUAAAUCCCUGGCGGUGGGAGAGAAGUGCAGUUUACAGGCUGUGCUGGAGGAGCUGCGAGGAAGGCGUUGCGCGGAUCCCGCCCUGCGCGCCUCUCUCGGGGAACGGAGUCCGGGCGAGGGGCAGAGCCGCCUUUCCUUGCCGGCGUGAAGGUGAUGGAUUGAAGACAGUGGAUGCUGGCCAAGAAAUGGCAACCCCUUUUGUAACAGUCAAUAAGGAAGUUGCAGAAAGAAUGAGUGAAAAGGAAAGGCCUGAAGAAAAGGAGUUAAAGGAAGAGCUGGGGAAACACUCUAGUUCCCAAUAUGCAGAUAUCAGCGUUUUCUUGCACAGUGAUGAUCCCCAAGAAAAAGGAGCGUGUCCAGGAUGCGGAAAAAUACUCAGAGGUGAAUUGGGAUUAUGUGACUGUUAUAUAAGCCAUCCCCUUACGUUCCAUAAAAACAUUCCCAAAACAGAGGAUCCAUUCCAAGGCCUGGAAUUUGGAGAAAACAUCACUCAGAAAAAUCACCUGAAUUCAUAUCAGAAUGACCACGAAGAUAGGAAGCAGCAUCAAUGCAUCACCUGCGGAAAGAGCUUCAAAACCAGCUCAGCCCUUAUUUCCCACCAAAGCAUCCACAGAGAGGAGAGGUUGUAUCAAUGCAGGGAGGGUAGAACAAGGUUUCCUUGGAGCAAGGAACCAAAUCCCAGGGAAAAAAGCCCCACUGGGAAUUAUUCAUGUAAAUGCCUGGAAUGUGGGAAGAGCUUCCGCUCUGCAACUCACCUCACUUUCCACAAUAGAAUCCAUACAGGGGAAAAGCCAUAUCAUUGCACAGUGUGUGGGAAGAGUUUCACCCAAAAUGGCAAUUUCAAUGUACAUAAGAGGAUUCACACUGGAGAGAAGCCGUAUCAUUGCACAGAGUGUGGGAAAUGCUUCAGGACCUCCAGUGAGCUUAAUUCCCAUAAGACAAUUCACACAGAGGAGAAACCCUAUGAAUGCUUGGAGUGUGGAAAACGCUUCAGCAGAAGUGGUGCUCUAACCUUACAUAAUAGGAUGCAUAAGGGGGAGAAACCUUAUAAAUGCCUGCACUGUGGAAAGAGUUGCAGUCAAAAAGUCCACCUUAAGUCACAUGAGAGGAUCCACACGGGGGAAAAACCAUUUCAAUGCAUGGAGUGUGGAAAGAACUUCCGUGACUCAACAAGCCUUACUGCUCAUCACCGAAUCCACACAGGGGAGAAGCCCUUUCAAUGCCUGCAGUGUGGAAAGCGCUUUGCCAGUUCUGUUGGCCUUCGUGGCCACAAACAAACCCACACAGGGGAGAAACCAUACAAAUGCCUGGAGUGUGGAAAGAGCUUCCGUAGAUUCAGCCACUUAACAUCCCAUAGAAAUACCCACACUGGAGAGAAACCAUAUCAAUGCACUGAGUGUGGGAAGCGCUUCAGUCAAACAAGUCACCUUAAUAUCCAUAAAAGGAUCCACACAGGGGAAAAGCCCUAUAAGUGCACGGAAUGUGCCAAAUGCUUCACCGACUCUGGGGCCCUCGUUCGCCACAAAAGGAUGCACUCUGGAGAGAAACCAUUUGAAUGCAAGGAAUGUGGAAGAAGCUUCAGUCAAAAAAGAACUUUAAUAAUUCAUUACAGAAUUCACACUGGGGAGAAACCCUACAAAUGCACUGCGUGUGAAAAGAGCUUCAGUGAUCCUCAAGAACUUGCUUCCCAUGAAAGGAUCCACACUGGGGAAAAACCCUAUAAAUGUGUGGUGUGUGGAAAGGGCUGUAGGACCACCAGUGACCUUAGUUCCCAUAAGCGGACCCACACAGGUGAAAAGCCCUAUCAGUGUGGAGAGUGUGGAAAGUGCUUUAGUCAAAACAGUUCCUUUAAUAGCCAUAGAAGAAUUCACUCAGGAGAGAAACCAUAUAAAUGUAUGGAGUGUGGAAAGUGCUACACACAUAGCAAUAGUCUUAAUUACCAUAGGAGGACACACACGGGUGAGAAACCACAUAAAUGAGUUGAAUGUAAAAAAGUAAUUAGUAAAAAUCAGUGUAUUAUCUGUAGAAAGAUUCAUUCACAGAAGCCAUUAAAUGUAUCGUGUGGAAA